CGCUGCGAAUGGCAGCAAGAAGAAGAAAUCGGGCGGGUUACGUCGACUGAGCAAUCUCCGAGGCAGAUUUGUGGCCUCGAUAGACCGCGGAACCGAUAAGCACCACACCCUGUAGUGUCCCCAUGAGGAGUAUGUUGCAAAGGGUCUUUGUGUACGGCACGCUGAAGCGCGGGGAGCCCAACCACCAUUGGCUGACGAAAAAGGAGAACGGGAGUUCCCGGUUUCUCGGCAAAGGCACGACAGUGGUACGCUUUCCCCUGGUGGUGGGCACCCGGUACAACAUUCCAUUCUUGCUGGCCAAGCCCGGCCAGGGCAAGCAAAUACAAGGCGAGAUCUACGAAGUGGACCAGGCCAUGUUUGGCAAACUGGACGAACUGGAGGAUUACCCAAACUACUACGACCGCGAGGAACAGGCCAUACGGACCGAGCAGGAUGAGACCGUCCAUUGCUGGCUGUAUCUGAUUCGUAACUUUCCGGAGAAGCUGUUGGCCAAGGAGCAGCUCGAGUGCUACCACAACACGCCGGAAAAGCCGUAUAGCGAGAAUUACUUGAAUAGCCAGCCGGAGGACCUCAAGACGGAUGAGUGAGACAACGACAAGAGGAGACACUUAUAAAAAAGUAACGUUUAUAAACGGAUUUCAACGCAUGGCUAUUAUUCGUAUUCUAUUACAUUGAUUCCAUACUUCAAAAAAUGCAAAACGAAA